ACCCUCCAUCUGUGCUGCCGGGGAAGGAGGCAAUGGAGAGACUGCCUACGAGGCAAGGCUGACAGGGGGUGCAUCUUGUUCGCCCUCGGAACCCGAGGACUUCAAGUUGGGGGCGGAAAAAAGAGAGACAGCAAUAAAUGCUCCAGGAAGAGAGAGAGAGCGGGGCGAGGGAGGGAGGCUGAAUCGAGCGGCAACUGCCCCUUUGCUAGGCUAGCCCCCGGGAGCCAGAGAGAGAGCGAGGGGGAGUGAGCAACGCACGUAGAGAAACUGACACCGGGACCCCCCCCACUUCUCCUGCAAAGUGCUGGCAGUCAGAUCUCAUUUAAGCAAUUUCCUGCGCGUAAGAAUAGCAAUGAUUCGGAAGGCGUUCGCCGGCUGAAAUUGGCUGAAACCUCAGCCACUUCCCCCCCCCACCUUCCCUUUGGGGGGGGCUGGAUUUUGCUUUUUGUUUGUUUGGGUUGUUUUUUUUUAAGUCCUGUACUUUGAGACUUGCGAGGCUGUGGCUGCGUGCGCGUUUGUGGUUGGUGCUCCCCCCCUUUCCUUCCUAAACUCCCCAUAUCUGUCAGCCAGUAAACAUUACCUGAGAAAUCCCCAACGGAAACGACAGCUGAGGCAAGAAGCUUCUUGCCUUCAACGUUUCCACCUCCCGCUCCCCUCCCCCCACCCCCCUCCUGCUGUCCCAACUUUCUGAAGUGCCUUUUCCCUACCUAAGCAGGAGUCAUCUCUUUGCCCCCCACACCCGCUACUUUGCAUUUUUAGAGGGGACCAGGUGAUCUCUUUCUCACCCUCCCCACACACACACGUCGCCCCCACCCGACUUAUUUACUAUUUGCUUCUCUUUUUGGUUCUGGGUUGCGAGUGUGUAGUUUUGCACAGGGGGUAUCUUCCCCCUCCCCCCCCAUCAACGCCUCCCCCCUCCUCGGAGGAUGGUUUGGAAAUGGCUGGGCGCGCUGCUGGUGUUCCCGCUGCAGCUGAUCUAUUUGGUGGUGAAAGCGGCCGUGUGUCUGGUGCUGCCCGCCAAGCUACGGGACCUGUCCCGGGAGAGCGUCCUCAUCACCGGCGGGGGAAGAGGCAUCGGGCGCCACCUCGCUCGGGAGUUUGCUGAACGCGGAGCGAGAAAGAUCAUCCUUUGGGGUCGAACUGAGAAAUGCCUAAAGGAGACCACAGAAGAGAUCAGGCUGAUGGGCACCGAAUGCCACUAUUUCAUCUGUGAUGUGGGCAACCGAGAAGAAGUUUACCAGACAGCAAAAGCUGUUCGAGAGAAGGUGGGGGAUAUCACAAUCCUGGUCAACAAUGCUGCCGUGGUCCACGGGAAGAGCCUGAUGGACAGUGACGAUGACGCCCUCUUGAAGUCACAGCACAUCAACACACUGGGACAGUUCUGGACCACCAAGGCCUUCCUGCCCCGGAUGCUAGAGCUCCAGAAUGGCCACAUUGUAUGUCUAAAUUCAGUUCUGGCUUUGUCAGCCAUUCCUGGAGCCAUUGACUACUGCACCUCCAAAGCAUCUUCCUUCGCCUUCAUGGAAAGUCUGACUCUGGGUCUGCUGGACUGUCCAGGGGUCAAUGCCACCACCGUCCUGCCCUUCCACACUAGCACAGAGAUGUUUCAGGGAAUGAGGGUCAGGUUUCCCAACCUCUUUCCCCCCCUGAAGCCAGAAACAGUGGCCCGGAGGACAGUGGAAGCCGUCCAGCUCAACCAGGCCCUUCUCUUGCUCCCCUGGACUAUGAACAUCCUUGUCAUCUUGAAAAGCAUACUCCCACAAGCAGCACUUGAAGAAAUCCACAAGUUUUCUGGCAGCUACACCUGCAUGAACACUUUCAAAGGUCGGACAUAAAGCCAGAAACACGAAGACAUCCUCCAGGCCAAGGGAAGCCAGCAGAGCCUCCAGAGGCCUGUCCUUUAGCACUGCCCUCCCGCCGCAGGGCACCCAUGGGCACUGCUCCUGUCCCCGGGAGGGAGGGAACAUGACUGCUGAGCCAGCACCAUGACCUUUUGCACAAGACUGACGGACAGGACCCUUACCCACCAGGAGGCAAAACGCAAAAAACAAACAAAAAAAUCAGCAGCCUUGACAUUUUUGUAUAUUUCUAAUUCUUUAGAGUUUUAUCAUUAAAUCUGCUUAUAUAGUCAAACCAUUC